CGCGGCCACUCGAAUCACACGCGGCUGUCGCUGCUGCCGUCGCACAUUGCGCACACACAACAUUCGCUCUGAUCUGUCUUCAGUGUAUACAAACGAUAUAUUAUUAUCCUUAUCAGUCGACCGCCGUUUUUUAUUUGAUUUUUUCUGUCCUUGUAUAUUUGUUGAGGCCAAUUGUGAGUUCGCAAUUACCUAAUCAUUAUAAAAAAAAAUUGUUUUUUCUUAAAAAUCGCCGCGGUCUCAUGAUUUUGAACGGAGACUCGAUUAGAAUAUUAUUGUUGUUAUUUUUAUUACUAUCAUUUUGACAAAGUGUGCGACCACCUGCUGCGAAGUUAUAUCGGAUUAUCCUUUAAGAAAUCACGUUUCAACACCAAGAAGACGCCUCAGUCCACGUCCGAGUAUGUUACAAGGCAUCAGCAGAACGGAACAACCGGGCCUGUUGCCUCAUCAUCACCAUCACCAUCACCAUCAUCACCAUCAGUCUUUGGCCGCUCACCACGGGAUAGGAACGGGAUCACCGUGGCCGCCCAGCCAUCACGAUGAUCUUGCACACAAAGUUGGCAACACUGCUGAUUACGAUGGUAGGAUUAUCGCAACUCGUGAAUUAGAUUUAGGACACAGUGGCGUUAACCAAUUGGGCGGCGUGUUUGUCGGCGGUCGACCUUUACCGGACUCGACUAGACAGAAAAUUGUCGAACUGGCCCAUUCCGGGGCCAGACCUUGUGACAUAUCCCGGAUUCUACAAGUGUCCAACGGAUGCGUUUCGAAAAUAUUGGGGAGGUACUACGAGACCGGCUCGAUAAGGCCCAGAGCGAUUGGCGGUUCUAAGCCCAGAGUUGCCACGGCCGAGGUAGUGUCGAAGAUAUCGCAGUACAAACGCGAAUGUCCAUCAAUAUUCGCUUGGGAAAUUCGCGACCGAUUGCUCCAAGAGGGCGUUUGCUCCAACGACAACAUCCCCAGCGUGUCGUCGAUCAACCGGGUUUUAAGAAACUUGGCUGCUCAAAAGGACCAACAAGCACCGACUUCCGUUUCACCCACAUGCAAUACAGCCGAUGCGGUCUACGACAAGUUGAGACUGUUGAACGGUCAAGCGGCGGCGGCGACCGGCACGUGGCCCAGACCUAAUCCAUGGUGCGUGGGAACCGAUUAUUAUAUGUAUCCACCGACGUCCAGCGACAAUCCGUUUGCGCCACUUCAACCGUCUGGUCGGUUGAGUCCAAACACCGCCAACUGUACCGUACUGCCGGACAUUCUUGACAAAAAAGUUUUAGAUUUGGACGGCGGCAUGGGAUCGGACGAGACGUGCACAUCCAUCGGCGACAACUCCAACCACGACGGAUCUCUUGGCGGAGGAUGUGCUCCGGGCUCGACUAACGAUGACGACCAAGCUCGUCUAAGGCUCAAAAGGAAACUGCAAAGAAACCGUACUUCGUUUACCAACGAGCAGAUCGACAGUUUGGAAAAAGAAUUCGAACGGACCCACUAUCCGGACGUAUUCGCUAGAGAAAGACUCGCCGGCAAAAUAGGAUUGCCCGAAGCAAGAAUACAGGUUUGGUUUUCGAACCGUCGCGCGAAAUGGAGACGGGAAGAGAAACUUCGGACCCAGCGUCGUCCCAGUUCUAACCAAAACCAACAGCCUAUGGACCCGCAAAACCAACAACCACAGCAGCAGCAGCAGCAGCAACAACAGGCGUCCCCCAACAGGAUGAACGGUUUUUCGAACAACACAGCCGACGCCAAUACCAACAUGUACACGACCAUCGGCAAUCACGACACGUUUAGUCCCAUGUCGAUGAACUUUGGCAUGCCUAGUGGCAAUAACGAAAACGGCCUGUCGUUGCCCAUCAUGCCGGGCCACCACUCGAUGACCGGCGACCAACGCGACACGUACGGUUGCAUGUCGAGGCCCACGUACGACACUUCUCCGCCGUUGGCCAUCGGAACGCCUGGCUACCUGAGACCACCGCUGUCGCCGACUUCCAACGGUAGUCCGCCGGCUCACCACGCCGCCUAUCACCAUCAUCCGCCGCACAUAAACGGACACCACCCGCAUCACCACGCUCACCAUCAGUACAACAUGAACAGUUCCAAUUCGACGGGUCUUAUAUCGCCGGGAGUAUCGGUACCGAUCGCCGUUCCGGGACACACGACAGAUCUGUCCACUCAGUAUUGGUCUCGUUUGCAGUGACAUCCGGCUCUCAAUUAAAAAAAAAAAAACAACAAUAUUGUAUUAAAUCAAUGCCGUGCGAUUUCCGACGAGAACAUAAGUUUAUUAAUAUAUAUUGUAAAUAUUAUUGUAAUUAUAAU